CCGAGGUAUUUUACGUGCCGAAUCAGUUUCGGCCAUGUUGUCCUCCCCUUUCUCCCGGCAACUCUCACAAGGUUUCUGGAACUCUGUAGAGCUUUCCGGAAUUCGUCGCGCUCUCUCUCCUCAUUAUUCGGGUCGGCUACUCGCUCGCCCGCGCUCAUAAUCUACGUUUAUAUUUUGCUUCAUUUGCUAUAUAUAAGUUUCAAUCUUGGCGGCCAUCCGUAUCAGGUUUCGCGAAAGUGGAGAAUUUUUGUUUGGCUGGGUGCUUUUGUUCUAGGUUUUCUUUCUCCGACGUUUGUGGUUGAUAAUGGCGAAACCAGGACCCGACUGGGAUGGGUUGCUCAAGUGGAGUCUUGCCCACUCCGAUGGAACUGGGUCUAAUCGCAACCUCGGCGAGGAGGAUCGAAGAUGGUUUAUGGAAGCAAUGCAAUCUCAGACUGUGGACGUGGUUAAGCGGAUGAAGGAGAUUACUCAGGUCAUGCAAACUCCUCCUGAAGUCUUGGAGGCCCAAGGAGUUACUCCGGCUGAGAUUGAAGAUAUGUUGGAAGAGCUUCAAGAGCAUGUGGAGUCUAUUGACAUGGCAAACGAUCUUCAUUCCAUUGGUGGUUUGGUCCCUCUACUUGGUUACCUGAAAAACUCACAUGCCAAUAUCCGAGCAAAGGCUGCUGAGGUAGUAUCUACUAUCGUCCAGAACAAUCCCAAAAGUCAGCAACUGGUUAUGGAAGCAAAUGGGUUCGAACCUCUCUUGUCUAAUUUUGCGUCAGACCCAGAUGUAACUGUACGGACCAAGGCCCUUGGUGCAAUAUCAUCCUUGCUUCGACACAAUAAACCAGCUGUCACUGCAUUCCGCUUGGCUAAUGGUUAUGCGGGCUUGAGGGAUGCUCUGAACUCUGAUAAUGUGAGAUUCCAGAGGAAAGCAUUGAACUUGAUCCACUACCUCCUGAAAGAGAACACUGCAGAUUGCACCACUGUAAACGAGCUGGGAUUCCACCGCAUACUCUUACAUCUUGCCUCGAGUGAACAUGGAGAUAUCCGUGAAGCUGCCCUUGGUGGCCUACUGGAGCUUGCUAAACACGACGUGGAUGUGGGAAAAGUUUGUCGGUCAGCCGAGGAAGACUUGAAAUUGAAGGCACUUCUUGAAGAACGGAUAGAGGGUAUUAGAUUGAUGUCCGCCGAAGAUCUUGGUGCUGCUAAAGAAGAGAGGCAACUAGUCGACACUCUUUGGGAAACUUACUUCAACGAGCCUUCAUCACUUCGAGAGAAGGGCCUGCUUGUUCUCCCUGGCGAGGAUGCACAACCACCUGAUGUGGCUAGCAAGCAAUUUGAACCUCCUCUUAGAGCAUGGGCAGCAGCGAAUAAUGAUGCCACCGCUGAAAAGAAACAGGCUCCUCCACUUUUAUUAGGAGCUGGCCCUGCUUCGGGAUCUGGCUAAUGUCUCCGGCCCUUAUGAGUGCAGAGCAAGCAGAGGCUGAGCAGCAGCAAAGAAGCACGAGGUGAAGCAGAGUGCAAUUCAACUUUCGUUCAUUGUUAGUCCAGUAAUACUGUCGUUCUUGUUUAUUUGAUACUCAACGGUGUAGGGAAUUGUUGUUUUCCUAUUAGAUCGCUCGUAAUUUUUCAGGAGUUGUAUGAAAUUUUCAUCACUGAAGUUUACGUGUUCACUACUGGAGUGCCUGAAAUUACUUUUCUGACCCCUGCUAGUCAUCUGUUAAGGUAGUGGUCUCAUCAAGCUGACUGGAUGGGGAGUUGGGGACUCAACAAUGCUGACACUGCUAGUAUCUCAAGAGCUACACUAAGCUGGACAGCAAUCAAUCCUUUGCAAAAGCGAAAGUGAAAAGACAACUGAAAUCAAACAUGACCGCCGUGAAUGAUGCAAAUAAAAUGUGAAUCCUAUG